GCCUCUCUUUUAAAUGCAGAUAAAAUUGAAAAUGUAUUCGGCAUGUCAGUUUCUAUUUACAACAAGUGUACCAACAUUAUAUGCACUAACGUUAGAGCUUGGCUAGCUAGCUAGCUACUGCUGGUAAUGCAUACACACGCCUAACUAGUAAUGAUCAGCCAGCUACUGGCUCUGUAUUAAGAUGUGUAGUUCUCCUUUUAUGUUUACUAAACCCCUGAAAAACACUAACCUUGACCAAUUGUUGUAGACAGUAACCGAGCCUGAUCACGACUCUCAGUUCACAUAGCUCAUUGGACGAAGACGUCUUCUGUGGGAUUUUGGUUAAGAGCCCCGACACUCAAUCUGAACAUUAACAGUCGUAGUUUACCCCACGGUACAGUAACAACAUGUCUUCCGGCCCACCUCAGUCGCCCGCAGUGGCUAAGACAGAGGUGACUGUCGACGGAGAAUGCCCUCUCCUCGCCGCCACCUUUGCCUACUGGGACAACAUCCUGGGCCCGCGGGUGCGACACAUCUGGGCUCCCAGGUGUGAGCAGUCACUGUUGCUGAGUGACGGUGAAGUCACCUUCCUGGCCAAUCACACGCUGAACGGGGAGAUUCUGCGCAGUGCCGAGUGUGGAGCGGUGGACGUCAAGUUCUUCGUCCUAGCUGAGAAGGGCGUCAUCAUUGUCUCGCUGAUCUUUGACGGCGAGCUGAAGGGUGACAAGAACACGUGUGCCCUGUCCAUUAUUCUUCCACAGACAGAGCUGGCCUUCUACCUGCCCCUGCACACUGUCUGUGUGGAGAGGCUCAAACACAUAAUCCGCAAGGGACGCAUCUGGAUGCAGAAAGGCUACAACAUAAUUUCUGUGCUGACAUCAGAGAUUGUCCACAUCAUGGAGCUGCUGUCCUCCAUGAAGACACACAGUGUCCCAGAGGACAUAGACAUCAAGGACACCAUCCUAAAUGAUGAUGACAUUGGAGACAGCUGCCAUGAAGAUUUCCUGCAUAAGGCAAUCAGUUCUCAUCUCCAAACGUGUGGCUGCUCCAUGGUGGUCGGAAGCAACCCAGAGAAAGUCAACAAGAUAGUGCGAACACUGAGCCUUUUCCUCACCCCUGCUGAGAGGAAGUGCUCUCGGCUCUGUAAAGCUGACUCCUCUUUCAAGUACGACACAGGACUGUUUGUACAAGGCCUCCUCAAGGACUCCACAGGCAGCUUCGUCUUGCCCUUCCGCCAGGUGCUGUACUCGCCCUACCCGACCACGCACAUCGACGUGGACAUCAACACGGUGAAGCAGAUGCCACCCUGCCAUGAGCACACGUACAACCAGCGCCUCUACAUGCGCUCGGAGCUCAGCACGCUCUGGAAGGCGGCCAGCGAGGAUGACAUCGCCCCCGACGCUGUCAUUCACACCGAUGAGUCCUUCACCCCCAACCUAAAUAUUUUUCAUGAUGUUAUGCAUAAAGACACUCUGGUGAAGUUAUUUAUAGAUGAGGUGUUCAUGCUGAAGCCAGGCCUCAAUCUGCGAAGUACUUACUUAGCACAGUUCUUGCUGAUCCUUCACAGGAAGGCUCUCACGCUACUCAAAUACAUUGAAGAUGAAACGCAAAAGGGAAAGAUGCCUUUCCGCUCCUUGCGCAGCUUGAAGACAGACCUCGACCUGAUGGUGGAAGGCGACCUGAAUAUUGUCAUGGCUUUUGCUGAGAAGCUGAGGGCUGGACUGCACUCCUUUGUAUUUGGGAAGCCAUUCUAUACCAGUGUACAGGAGCGAGAUGUGCUCAUGAGUUUUUGACUCUUACUCUUAUCCUCAUGACUUAUGUUUGUUUCUUAUCUUUAAUUAUUUCUUAUUAUUGUAGCAUUGUCAAUAAGGAACCUGCAAGUAAGCAUUUAAUUGGACGGUGUAUACCAAGGUUAUUAUAGUAAACUAAAAUUGUAAAAACAAUAUAGUAAACAAAUAAAAACAUAUGCUGAAAUGUAUAAUUGACUGCAAAACGAACUAAAAUAGAAGCCAUCAUAAAUGUUGUUUUUUUUCUCCUUUUAAACAAAUCUAAUACGAUGUAACCAUUUUUUCUAAUGGGAUUUUUGAGCUUCUGAAUAUGCCGAUGUUUCAAUUGGGCUUAGUUUGUGCAUUGCUAUCACUAGCUAACAGGGAAGAAAUCUGAGGGUGAGCACAGAGCUGGGCUAAGCUAGAACAGCUUGUAAAGUUGGAGCCGUUCACAAUCUACAAUGACAAACUUCACUGACAGCCAGUCGCUGUCUGAUGUGGUGCCAUGCCUUCUCACUUGCAAUCUACUACUACUGGGGGAGAGAGCGAGAAAGUCACCUCCGGCAAGGAUGGCUGUUUAUCCUAAGCUGUGGCACUGGAUCUGGUUUCUGCACCUGCAUCCCAAGAGUUCGUGGAGAGAAUAUUCUUUGUCCGUAGACAACUGUCAUCAGGCUUGAGAAACCGAACAACCACCUCUCUGGAACGCAGUCUUCUUGAAGAUGAACCAGAAACACGCUGGCUGGCUUUGAACUGAUAGAUUUGUGAAUGUGUUGCUUAUGUUUUUGCUGUUGCAGCCAUUUUUCUUAACCUAUUUGAAGGGCUUAGUCAUUGAUACAUGUUUAAUGACAUCCCCAAAAAAGCAACUAUAGACCUACAACACAAAUGGCUCCUGGCCUCCUACACACAGGCUGCUUUCUGUCCCUAAAUCUAAAAACAAUAAAUUGUUUUAUCAAACAAACUAAAUAAAAACUAGUAAACCAAGUCUGAUCUAACAAACUAAACUGAAUUUCAAAUUAAAAACAAACAAUAGAAAUAACUAAUAUUAAAUCACAAAACUAUAAUAACCUUGAUGUUUACCAUGUGUAUCCUGUACAUAAGACUAAUAAAACUUAACUCUAUCAUGUCUUGAAAUGGGUAAGACAUUUACAUGUGAUUUGUCCAAAAGCUGCCUUUUAUUAGAGAGGCAAUUUCUGUCCACUAAAGUGUUUGAAAUGUUCAAAAACAAUACAGAAUGUCCAAAGGUCCACAUUUCAGAUGUUGAAUUUUUGGAGGAUCUCUGUCCCAUUUAAUUAAAGUCCAAACACUCAAUGUCUUAUUGAAA